AGAGCGGGUUGGAGGAGCGCCGGAAAACUAGGAUUCCGCCAGAAACUGGCCGCUCUGGAGGACUCGGAGGCUGCCUGUGGGCCGGAGGUACCUGAGGACGAUGAAGAUGAUGAGGAGGCAUUGCCGCAUUCUGAGGCUGUGGACGUGUUCCAAGAAGGGCUCGCCAUGGUAGUGCAAGACCCCCUGCUCUGCGACCUUCCAAUCCAGGUUACUUUAGAGGAGAUCAACUCCCAGAUCGCGCUGGAGUAUGGCCAAGCGAUGACUGUGCGGGUGUGCAAGAUGGACGGAGAGGUGAUGCCUGUGGUCGUGGUACAGAACGCUACGGUCCUGGACCUGAAGAAAGCUAUCCAGAGAUACGUGCAGCUCAGACAGGAGCGGGAAGGCGGCGUUCAGCACAUCAGCUGGUCCUACGUGUGGCGGACGUACUAUCUGACCUCAGCUGGAGAGAAGCUCACAGAGGACAGGAAGAAGCUCAGGGAUUAUGGCAUCCGGAAUCGAGAUGAGGUUUCCUUUAUCAAGAAGCUUCGGCCAAAGUAAACACCCCAGGCACAGCAAUCUGACCUCUCCCAGCAAGAUGGCGCCUUCCUCUUGUCCUCACAGGUAGCUGCAUCACUGGAAUGCCCAGAUGGAGCUGGCAGCGUUGAGCCCUGAGGCCCUCGGAACAUAGAAAAUUCCUCUGCCUUUUGUUUUCCUUUAAACGUGGCCUGAAGGUCCUAUGUGGUUGUGGGCCUGGCCUACAGAAUAAACCUAUUUGCUUUGUAUCUUGUAAAAAAUCAAAAAGCCAUAGU